AUUAUCAAUCAUUGAAGGCAGGAGAGAUAGAGAGAGAGGAGUUCGAGAGAGAGUAGUGAGGGAUUUGGACGCUUUUCUGACUAACCUCUGGGCCUGUUUCCUUACCAUUGCUUCCUUUGGCGGCCCCGUACUCUCUGAAAGGAGUUUAAAACAGGAGCCAACGAGCUUGUAAUAAUAGUAUAGUUUCAUUUGCACUUAAAGCUACAAGGCUUUUUCACUCUCUCUCAGUAUUCUUCUUCACACUUUCAAGCUUCUCUCUCUCUCUUCCACUUGAACCACACACACACACAAAGAUACAAGACUGGUAAUGUCUUCUUCAUCAUCUUUCUCUCCUCAACAAAUGAUGGAGCAUCCUCAAUUACUGGAACUGAGUCUCGAGAGCCGAUCUCGUUCCAGUACCUGGCCUUGUCCGCCUGACGAGGACGAGCUAACAGGUGGGCGGGGUUUAUCAGAGUCGCCCGUGCCGAAUAUGCCCCCUGGGGCCGGUGGAAGUUUGAGUGGCGGGAGCCUAGGUGGAGGAGUGGGCAAGACUGAUUCUACUAAGAAAAUGAGAAACGCCUGGGGGAACAUGUCUUACGCCGAUUUGAUCACACAGGCCAUAUUGUCUUCUCAAGAUAAAAGACUGACAUUGUCCGAGAUUUACGAUUGGAUCGUACAAAAUGUUCCUUAUUUCUCCGAUAAAGCUUCAAGCCCAUCCACUGCUGGCUGGAAGAAUUCGGUGAGACACAAUCUAUCCCUCCACAGUCGGUUUGUUAAGGUACAGAAUGAAAGCAGCGGCAAGAGCAGCUGGUGGACGGUCAAUCUUGAUGCCAAGAGCACACGAGGCCGGAGACGCUCCUCGUCCGUCGACAACACAAAUGCUCCUUCCCCUCGAACAAAGAAAAGAGAGAAAAAGAAGCAGCUGAAGAAGAUGAAGAAUGCCGGCUCUUCAAACGACCUCCAAACCAGCAGUCCCUGUGAUAGCCCCACCACUACUGGCUUCCUUCAAGCUCCGUGGAGCCCGUCCCCUCACAUUGACUGUCCUUCUCCUACUAAUUCUGAUCGAUCUGCUACCUAUUCUCCUGUGGCUUUCUCUCCUGUCCUUCAGCGGAGUAGGAACGCUACCCCCGUCUCUCCUCUAGUAUCUCCACCUGCUUUGGAACACGAGAAUGUCUUCAGCGGCUCAAACUCAUCUCUAUUGGAUAGCUAUCAUGAUAACAGUGGGCUAGGUGGGGCACUGUUGUCUGAAGACUCCGUACCUGAGCACUGUAUAACGUCCCUUGCUUCUCUUAACCUCAAGGCCUCAAGGGAAGGAAUGGGUUCCUCUUCCUCUCUCUCGUCUCUUAAUUCUCCUCGUCUUCAGCUAAAGCCUUCCCCACAGCAGCAACAUGUAUUUAAUUUCCCCCUUCAGCCUGAUGGUUCAUCUGGCUAUUCCUCUGUUUCUGAUGGUAAUGAUUCCUCGAUGAUCACUGAUGCUCAGGGUUCGUCACUGGCCCCACCCACUUAUGAGGAACAUGUUACAGGUCCGGCAGUGAGUCCUGUUAGACUGAACAGUGGCACACCUACAAGACACACUAGUUUUGGUCAGGCCAGUCACCCACUCCACCUCUCUCUAGCGUACGAAGGUCGGCCCCGCUCCGGUUCUGAGCCAGCCCCGCCUCGUGUCACGCCCCCUCACCAUCACCCUCACCCUAACCACGCUCACACAAUACACACAGUCCAGCACCAUCACGCCUACCACCCCUCACCCUCACACCACAUCCCUCGGGACAUUGACCCUUCUCUCUUUAGCAACGACUUCAAAGUCGACAUUCAGGACGUCAUCCAACAAGAGCUUCAGUAUGGAGGGGAUUUCUCGCUCUCGGCAGGCACAGGGGCCAUGGAGACUCAAACCAUUCAACACCACGGGCAUCAGUUCAAUAACACGGCCUAUACUGCUCUUAAUCCUAAUAUACAUGUUCAUCAUGGUAAUUAUGCUGCUACAGGUCAUUCGACUGGUCACCAGUUUUAUACUCAAUCUCACGAUCCCACUCUCACGUCAGUCGCUCUGGAUUCUUCGUCUCCUAAUUUAUCAAGAAGACCUAAUCCGGGGUAUUAGCUGUUUAAAGAGAAAUGGAGAGACUUUAUUGAUGCUAUUAUAGUCUCUUGAUAACAUUAUGUAUGUUCAAUGCUCAUCCAUAUCCUCUUGUUUCUUUUAAUAUUCUCUCUUUAUAUUCUUCUUGCAAUGCUUCCUUAUGCAUUAUACAACAAUGUAGUACAUCUCUCCCCCUCCCCCCUCUCUCUCUCCCCCCCUCUCUCUCUUCUUGUCACAUUAGCUGUCAAACAUUAUAUUAGUUUACCUUUUGCUCUAUUUCUCUUUAUUAUUUUUUCAUAGACAGACACAUGCACAUAAUGUAUCAUUAUUAUUAUUAUUAUUAUUAUUAUUAUUAUUGUUGUUGUUGUUAUUAUUAAUUAUUUUGAUGCGUUGAGAUGAUUGAAACUUUUUAAUUUUUUUAGUGUUAGUAAUGAAUUGUUGUGAUGUUGUUAUUAUUAAUAAUUAUUAUCGUUCUUUUUCCUUUAUUAAUAAUAAUAAUUGAUAAUUAUAGACUCGAAAAAGUAGCGAUAAAAUUCCUAAUCUUCUAGC